GCUCCCCCCGCGGGGGCACGGCUCCCCGGCCUGAUAGGGCGGAGUGGCCGGGGAGCCGCCCUCGAGCCGGGCCGGGCGGGGUGGCUGUCGGCGUUCCCGUGAAGGGGGGGAACGUGGAGCUUAGCGGGCAACAGCCAUGCAGCGCAACGGGCUUCUCCUGGCGGCGCUCCUCGCCCUCCUGGCCCUCGUCAGAGGAGCUACAGUGAAGCCUGUUUCACCUCAGAAGCCACCAUCAUCAGGUUAUGAUGACUUUGACUUGGAAGAUGCUCUUCUGCCUGAUUCCACGCCAGAUCAACCUGCAAAUCCUCGAGACUCUGAUAACCCCAGGCCAGCUACACCUGCAAAGCCUAGAGAAGUUGGUGGCUUUGAUGAUUCAGAUCUAUCUGAUGGUUUACCAAGAGAAGAAGGUGGAGGUGGUGGCAGGCGUAGUGGCGAUGGAGAAAGGGACUCCAUUUCAAAUAAGGGUGGAGAUGGUGAGGCUUCUCAGGGAGCAAUAGCUGGAAUUGUAAGUGCUGUGGCUGCUACUGCAAUUGGAGCAGUAUCCAGUUUCAUUGCUUACCAGAAGAAGAAACUCUGUUUCAAACAAAGCGCAGAUGAAGAGAAUGUGAAUAUGGAUAGCCAUAGAGGAGCGCAAUCUGAGCCACCUGUUCAGCGCACACUUCUGGAGAACUAAGAGAAAUGAUGGUGAAGAAUAGACCAUUGAAACUGGAUAUCUGAGAGCCUGCAUUCUGCCUGGGAAAAAAAAAAAAAAAAAAAAAGAAGGAAACAAAAAG